AUGGCCACCGCAGCCGAUGUGUGUGAAGUAUGCGGUCUCGAAGAUUUUACACUAGAAGAUGGAUUUUAUUACUGUACAGAGUGUGGCACUAAACUGCUCCAUAAACGUGAAAUUGUCGACGAUGACAUCAACGUCGGUGCUCAUACGCGAAUACGGACUGAGGUCGCGGUAGAACGCACAAUAAGCAGCUGGGAACAGAUGAACUACAUUCUCCACGGUCUCACGGAGCGAUUGAUUGAGCUCGGUGCACCGGAGGAGUUAAAGGCGACGGUAUUACAGAUUUGGUGUGCCUAUCUGAACACAGCCGAAAUAGCCUUCUUUCACAAGCGGCAACGAAAGCGACCACGUUUGGCUCUACGAAAUCAAAGAUGGGAUUUGAAGCUGCUGUUCAAUCGGGACAAUCCGAAGAAACCCAAACGCAAAGUGAAGGAAUCGGAUGAAAUUUCCACCAAACGAAGGCGAAAGAAAACGCAAGAAAUGUUAAAAGCGGAACAGGAGGAAGCAUUAAUACAAAGUCAAACUUCCGAUUUGGAAUCUACGAUAGACUCACUAUCUACGUCAAUGCAAAGUUCUUCGAAUUCGGCCCAUAUCCCGCUAAGCUUCCAGUUCAACCGUCGGGCACGAAAGCGACUACUAGAAGAAAUGCAUCUCGACAAGGAACACGUAGAAUGGCACGAACAAGAAGCGCCCGUAGAAGCUUCUUGCCAUCCAUUUCCUUAUUUGGGUGUAAAACAUAGCUGUACUCAGGAUUUUGACAACUGGUCAAAGGUUCAUCGAAAAACCAUUUUAAUCGCUAUUCUAGCGCUCGCUUUGAAUCAAGUGCGUAGUCCCAUACAGAUAGCAGAUCUUAUGCGAUGGAUAGAUGAAGGACAUCUACCGUUUCAUGAUUUGCGACAGUUUCUGCCAGAGGAUAUCGAUCCAGUUUGCUACUCGGAAACUUUGACACAUAUGCUAGCCCAGCAAGGAUUCGCAUACUGCAGAAAACUCGCCUCACUGAUCGCUACCGAUCUUGGAAUAGUGCCAAUCGAACCGGACCUAUCAGCUCUUUGUCAUCGAUUUUUAGGUGAACUAGCGCUCCCAUUAGAUCUUGUGCCCUACAUUAUCAAAGUGAUAGCGAUCGGGCCAGAAAUAAGGCGAAGCUACGUGUACUCAUACUUUCCAAACUAUGAAAUACACGUGAUGAAGUACAUACUGUUUGUUAUGAAGUUGCUCUUUGGUUUGGAUGGUAAAAUCGAAAACAAAAUAGACUUUACCACAGCGAAGCUUAAUGAACGAAUGGGUGCAUUUAGCAACUGGCCAAAGCUGUUUGUAUGGAGCGAAUGGCAACGAUACAUAACGAUGCGCCACAUCAUACUUGAACAAGUGCAUUAUCCUACAAGCCAUUCCCGCACUCAAUCUAAGAUCAACCGGCCUAUUGAUAAAGAUCUUUUUCUUAGUUUUUUUGAGACACGUGUUGUAGCAGAUGAUGAUAAUACGACUGGGUAUCAGGCGGGAUAUCAUCGACCGUCGCAUAAACCAGCGCAAGAGCGACUAUUUAAAAAUCUGCAUACGGUCCUAUCAACGGCAACGGACAAACACACGAAACCACGCGACAAGAGGGCGAAACAACAUAUGCAUUUCGAUCAUAGCAUGGAACCUCAGCGAACGUACUUUGCCGAAAUACUAAAUAUGGAGGCUGCCGAACGGCAAAACGUGUACAUACCAGAGUACAUGCAAACAGAUCACAGCCAACGAACGGUAACGCCGUUCGUAAAUCCCAUGCCUCUAAAAAAGCAUCUCUUGGUGCAUCGACGAGUGCGUUUGGUAACGAAAAAAGUAAAACCCAAACUCAAACAGAUUCAGAUGGUGAAAUACAACUCACAUCUCACUAACGUUGAACUGUACCUGGCGGCAAACAAAUUUGCCCACGUUCUCCAACUGGAGGACAGUAGUGAUGAAUUAAACAGUUCGGAUAAUAGUAACGUCCAGAGCAACAUAUUGGACUACAUCAAUUCAAAGGCUGAACAGCAUCAAUUAAGCUCCGAGGAAAUGCUACAUAAAACACUUUGCCAGAACGCGAUAGAGGAAAUGGAGUCGAAUCUACGGACGGCUGAGUUUGCAGUCGUAGCCAAAGACGCAGAGCUGUCCUUUUUAAAGGAAAUAGCGGAAGAAGUGAACCCGUUUCAAAAUAAUCCUGCUGUAGACGAAACGCUACUGGACGAGCAACAGUGUACAGAAACGAUACCAAUUGCACUGCCAAAUUAUUACUACUGGGUAAAUAAUGGUAAUUUACGAUACAUUUCGUACGACGUGUUCGAGCAGGAUUAUUUUAGCUCAUUUCCCGCCAGCUUUCAACUAUUGCUUCGAGAAGCGGCUUACGUUACACGUUGCUCCAUGCUGGAAUUGUAUUCGGAGCUGAAUGAGCUGGAAAAAUACUUUUUUAAAUGUUAUGGUCGAAUAAAAUGAAGCUCGUUGGGAUCUCU